ACACUGGCUAUGAACUAUAUAUCCGUCACUGUCAAACUUACUAGUCUGCAUCACAUCCUACGUUCAUGAACCGGUCUGUGACAAAAGUAAAACCGACCGUCGGUGACAUGAGACCAGCUUGCGAACAAAAAAUCUGAAAAAGAUGAGUACAUUUACUAUGCUGCAGCAUGUUAUAAAUUUCCCUACGCCGGCGAUGAUUAUCCACUGCACGGGCCACACCAGCACCCUGGUCAAUUGUCAAACGUACAACUCCUUAAAGCUCGCUUUGCCCUUUUCCCCAUCUUAAUUCGUCAUUCUUCCUGGGGGGGGGGGGGGGGAAAAAAAACAAGGAAAGACAAGAGCAAAGCAAAAGAAAAGACGCAUUAGUCUGAUCAUCGGACAAAGAGACUCUUGCUUCUUUUGCUUACAUUACGUUAAACCCUUGAUUCGCAGAAAUGGACGGCUUUGAUCGACUUCCGGACUCGCUGAUUCUCCUGAUCUUCAACUCGGUCUCCGACAUCAAAACCUUGAUCCGGUGUCGAUCCGUUUCGAAACGAUUCAACUCGCUCGUCCCUCAAGCCGACUCGCUUCUCCUUCGGGUUGAUUGUGUCAUCUCGCCCGAGUCCGACUCCGAUUCCGUCCUCCUCACUUUCCUCAAAACAAUCUUCAAGUCCCUCCACGACCUGCUUCUCUCCCCGAAGCCCGCGCACCCUAUUCGAUCCAAAUCCCAAUCGCAGAAUUCCCCGGCUCAAAUUCUGUCGCAGUUCGACCGGAUCCGGCGCCUGGAGGUCGAGUUACCCGCGGGUGAUCUUAGGUUGGAGAAAGGCGCCGUGGUGAAAUGGAAGGCGGAGUUCGGGAGGACUCUGAAGAGCUGCGUGAUCGUGGGUUUACGCACCGUAAGGGUCUGUGGGUCGGGAUAUUCGGUUCCCAACGAAGGCGACACGGAGUUCGCGGUAGGGCUGAAGACGAGGGUGGUGUGGACGAUAAGCACGUUGAUAGCGGCGUCGGCGAGGCACUUCCUGUUGAAGGAGGUGGUGAAAGGGCACAGAGAGAUGGAGAGGGUGACCUUGAAGGACAGAGAAGGUGAGGGGACAGUGGUGAUGGAAAAGGAAGGGCUAAGAGAGUGCAGGGAGGAGGAAUGUGAGGGCGCGGGUGAGGUGAGGGAGGAUGAGUUGGGUUGGGAGAGGAGCAGGACGGUGGUGCCGUGCGUGAGGAUGCGGAUGCGACACGAGCCAAGGCUACAGCUCAAGUGUGGGGUGUGGGUGGAAGGUGCGACACUCGUGGUGGUGAGACCGAUUGCCAUGAAAGAUGGUGGUGGGUCCCAUUGUGACGUGGAGGUCGAUGGAGACGCUGAGCUUGCGUUGGUUGCGUUUGGAGAUGACAAGGAUGGAAUAUACGGAGAGGUCGUACGGGCUUUGCUUAGCAGUAGGAGUUACCUUUUGGAAAUGAACUCUUUCUAGUGUUGUUUACAUCUUUGGGUUGGAUUUUCUGAAUCUAUGCAUGUAUAAUAUACUAUAUUUGUAUGGCUUCUUGUCUCUAUGGGCAGUUGCUAACAAGGUUCGUCAUUGUUCAAUUUCAAUUUGCUUUUGCCUUUGAUCAA